ACUUUCAGAAUGGCGUACAAUUAUGAUGAAUCCUCCAGAACUCAAUGAAAAAUGUGAUAUUAAAAGAAGCUUUGCUUUUGCAAAUGAAAUGGUCAAGAUGAUGCAAAUUCCUUUAUCAAAUAGCCAAAAAUCAACGUAUACUAGCAAAUUAAUAAAUACAAGAGAGAUUAAACGGGCAUACGAAUCAUUUAAUGUGUCUAUUUGUAGAGAUUCAAGAAUAAAUGGCCUUAGUUUAUCUAAUAUUUCAAAUAUUAAUGAUAGUGUGAUCCACUCCAAUAGCACGACUGAUUCUAAUGAAAAUGAACGUUCAACGUCUACUCCUGCUACUGGAAUCCAAAUGUUAACUUAUGCAAUUGUUGAAAGAAUAG